GCAUUACAUAAUUCUCAUUCUAAGAAGUAGAUACCGAGAAUGUAAAAUUCACUAAUGAGUUGGAAACGGUUGCCAUACUCACGAAUAUGCUACUAAGACUUUCGCGCUCAAAGCUGAGACGUCAUUCUGGACAUUCUAUAGAAAGGCAUUGAAAUGUGUUGAACCAAUCAAAGUGCAGUAUUUUGUGUUCCGAAAGCAGAAAAUGGAAAGCGGAAUGUAUUCCAUAGAUAUUGCAACAUAAAGAAAGCAAUCAGGAGAGAGAAAGAUAAUGUAUUGCUAAGUGUGUAGAGAGUCUUUGAUGUACUACUGAAGUGAUUGAAGUUUGGUGCAGUUUUGGUGUAGGUGUCGACGUGCUGGCGGGAGGUGCAUAGUUUACGCCUCGUAUAUUUUCACCCACCGUACCUCAGCCUUCCAAAUGGCAUAUUUGGCAGCUAAUGACAGUGAAGAUCCUAGAUAAGAAUGUGUCGCUGCAGAGUGACAAAGUGAAACUGUGAUGUUGGUUCGCAGUGAAUAUAAGUGUGUUCUGCUGGAGGAGAGUGAUGUGAUUUACAAGAACUCGCUAGAUUUUUAUUUCCAAAUGCGGUGAGGUAUCCUAGUACCUUACAGAGGAUUAUUACCAUAGUAAACCAGUUUUACUUUAAGUUGGAAAUUUAUUAUGCCAUAAUAUAUUUAAUGGUUCUGAAAAACAUCUUGUUUGGCAUGUACAUGUCAUUUCUAAAAAGCUGAAUGACUUAAAUUGCUGUGCUUCUCAAUAUUUGAGUUUGCUGUCAGCAUGAGUUUAGCAGCAUCAUAUGCUGGUCGCUUGGGUUUAACAGCAUGGCGUCGAAAAUCAACAUUGCUUGGUGUAGUGGCUGGAAUUGUCCUUCUUAUUUUAUGUUUACAAUACAGUGCAAUUACACGAUCCAGCACAUCUGUACAAAGUGUUGCUAGUGCUCUUACUGUGAAUAGCAAUAAUGUAGAAAAAGUGGAAGUUGGUGGUCCCAAGCGAACACUUCGUAAUCACAAUUCAGAAGCAAAGGAGGAAUCUGGAGACAUCCCAUCACCCCAAGGAAAUGAUAAACAAAUACAUUCUAGCAUUAAUCAACCAGGAAAUAAUGCAGCAAAUAGAGAUAAUGUUCAAUUUGUUCAGAAUGCUCUAAAAUUAAAUGCAGCUUCUGAACAAACACCUCUUGAAAAAGAGGAGUUAAAAACUACAGAUCCAGAUGUGAAAGCAGAAAAUGUCCAGCUUCAUGAGCAGUUUUCUCCGGAAACUCUCAGAAGUGGUCACAGUGAGAAAGAAACAGUUAGUGUACCUGGUGUUUCAACAGUUGAAGAUAUUCAACUUCAAGCACAUUACAAUACAUAUGAUCAACAAGGUCUCUAUCAAAUGGGCAUUCCAUAUGUUAAUUUGGAUCCUCGUCAUCCUUAUGUACCUGAACAUCGCCUUUUGCACCUGGACCUUAAAGGAGCACCUCCUAAGGUCAGUUUCCUAAAACGACUAUUCCCAUUGGUUCGACAACUGGGAGCCACUGGAAUUCUUCUAGAAUGGGAAGAUAUGUUUCCAUUUACUGGAUCUCUAGCGUCAAUAUCUGCUACCAAUGCAUAUAGUAAAGAAGACAUCCAGAGUAUUUUGGAAGCAGCAAGAGGAAGCGAGUUAGAAGUCAUUCCACUUGUACAGACCUUUGGUCAUAUGGAAUUUGCUCUGAAGAUCAAUGAGUUUGCAUCUUUGCGAGAGGUACCAGAGUCACCCCAAGCAUUGUGCCCUUCUCUCAAUGCAUCAUUUGAAUUUGUGGAGAAGUUAGUUACUCAGGUGAUGGAAGUGCACCAGGGCGCUCGCUUUCUUCAUAUUGGUUGUGAUGAAGUCUUCCAAAUGGGUGAAUGCCGCCGUUGUAGAACACAAUCACGUGAAUCACUUUUCUUGUCUCAUGUGUCUCGUGUUGCUAACAUGAUACAUUCUCGUUAUCCUGGUACAAUGCCAAUCAUUUGGGAUGACAUGCUAAGGCAUUUAAGUCCUCAGAGCUUGGAAGAAUUUCAUAUUGGUGAAUUAGUAGAACCAAUGGUAUGGGUAUAUGCAGAGGAUGUGUAUCGCUUUGUUCCUACAAUGGUGUGGGAAAAGUAUGCCAGCGUGUUUCCACAUAUAUGGUCUGCAAGUGCUUUUAAGGGAGCAUUUGGUGAAACAUUGUAUAUUCCUAAUGUAAAACGACAUUUGGAAAACAAUCUCAGGUGGUUGGAAGUCAUGACAGCUGAAGGUCCAAAGUUCAAAGGAGGCUUUCGAGGCAUUGCAGUUACAGGAUGGCAGAGAUAUGAUCAUUUUGCUGUAUUGUGCGAACUUCUUCCUGCAGCUGUUCCAUCACUGGCUGUUAAUUUAUUGGCGACAUCUCAUGGGUACUUCAAUCAGAGUUUGCGUAAUAAAUUGUACACAAGUUUAGGUUGUGCACACUCUACUGUAAGUCGCUAUAGUAAUGCACAAGAUGCUAUUGUCAACUUAAACAGUGAUCCAUAUUUAUGGGACAAAUUUGGUCGCUGUUUCUUUCCUGGUGCAUCAUUUUUUAAGCUCACUUAUAGAUUACAUGCAGCUGAAUUUGAAGUGAAGGAAUAUAUUGAUUCUGUGAUGCAUAAUAAGGGUUGGAUGACUGAAUACAAUGUUCGAAGAAAGUUUUCAAGUCCCCUGCGUGUUGAUGAACUAAUGGCUGAACAUCCUCGUAUUUAUCACACAAUUACAGCAUUGAUUAGAUCUGCACAUGAUAGUCUUGAAGAUGUUUUUGAUAGCUAUACUAUCUCAGAGUGGGUUGAACAGCGUUUGUAUCCCAGCCUGAAAAUUUUGGAACAGAUGCAGAGGGACGCAGUGACUUUAAAGUCAAAUAAAAUAUGGCCACGACGACCUCUCCCUCCAUUAUGGGACUUAAAGCGAUUAGGAGUAUCAAUGCCAGGAGAUUCAGAUACAAAUUCAACUCCUCAACCACCAGGAAAAUAGCGCCAGAUAUUAUUUGUGCUGAAAUUGUUGUUGUAUUGUGUAGUAAAAAAACUACAUGCAAUGUAAGUCUUCACUCAUAUCACCAAAUGAUGGAUGAGAUGAAGAUCUAAAGAAAGCUGCAUUGUGUGAAUAGUAUAAAUUCAAAAACAUCCUUCAUUUGGAGCAAAGAGAAAUUGUUUUAUAUUAUAAACGGCGAGAUUAAUGUCUAUGAUCUUACUGAUUCAAAGAUGACGAUCUUGUAGUGAAAGUUAAUUAUAUUCUUCAGUGGAUAUGGUCUGGCAUGGAAAUACUCUUACUAAAUUAACCGUUUUAUAAUUAUUUAUACAUUGUAUGUUGCCUGAUUGGAAAAUACAAUUGAUUCAGAGAGUACUAUUUACAUGAGUGGUGUACCUUGUACAUAUUAUAAAGGAGAGAAGUAGCAUAUUCAAGUGAUACUUACUGUCGUAAAUGUGCCUAAAAUUAUUGGAUAAAAUGAAGGUUGAAGAUGUAUAAUAUUUUGUGUGUUGAUGUACAAUAUAGUCUAGCACAGUGGAGCACAGUCUGGGGACCAAGAUCACUUGUGCGCUGAUGGUCCAAUUUAAGAGAAGUAUAAUGAUUAUUGGCACUACAAAGCAAAAUAGACUUGGAUAUAGUGCAUUGUAAUUAGUAGAAUAUUGUGUGAAUAUUGGAAGACUGCAUGUGUGUGCUCUCUACCAUACAUUCAGAUCAACAGCAUUUAAAAUGGUUACUUGUGAAGUUUUCUUAAUGACAUAUGUAUAUUAUUAAUAAUGGUGUUACAGAUUGUUCUAGUUUGUCCCCACACUAGUAAAAUAUUAGUUUUUAAAGAAUACCCAGAAAGUUGAUACAUUUCUAUUCUUUAUAUGUGUUGAGAGUUUUUAUACAAGUGUAAUAUCAAUCUGUUAAUGUUCAGUAAAAUGUAUGGUUUGUAGCAUGAUACACAAUUAAAAUAGGAAUUUUCUUAAUUUAUUUUUUUAUGCAAGUAGUAAUUUCUUUAUUUUUUGUGAUUGCUGCAUCAGUUCUCUAAAUGGAAUCCAUUUUCUAAAAACUGUUCUUAUAAUGAAUGCUGCCUCAGCACAGAUUGUUGAAUGCCUAUUAAAUGCUCAACAUAGGUAACUUUGCUUUACUAUUCCUCAACCUCUCCUGCCUUUGAAUACUAUAAAUUUGUUGACUGAAUGACAUCUGAUGACUAGGACACAUUUUAUUUAAAAUAUAUUGAGCGACAAUUGUACAUGGAAUAUCCCAUUAUUAAUAUAUUACUUGGCAAGUACAUGCAAAGAACGUGGACUCAUUUUGUUACAAGAACUGUGUGUGGUAUUUUAAUUUGGCUACUGUACUUCAUUGAUAGUUUGAAUGUCUUUCAAAUGCAUAAAGGGAACGUUGCAUUCAAGAGUUUAUAAAAAGUAAGUUAAGAGCAACUGUAAAUUGUAACCUAUACAAUUGAGAAAAAAUAGUGUUGUGCUGUAUUCACUCUUCAGUUCACAGGCAUUACUCCUGCAUAUAACUGUCACUCAUAAAAAUUAUGAGAAUUUGACCAAUAUUUGUUAUGGGGAAUUACUUUAGAAAAUCUCACUAAAAGAAAUUAAAAUGUUUAGAUAACUGAUAAAAUUGUCACUGUACAUUGCUCUUCUUUCCAUAAAUUCUUUUUUUAAUUUGAAAUACUAGGGAAACAAGAUAAGAAAAGUUUCACUAUUCACCUCCCUGCACAAGCCCUGUCAAGUUUCUAUACUUGAUGUAACUAUCUGCUAAGAAUUGAGACGUGUUACCACACAGAAUUAAAACAGAAUACAUUGUUUUCAUUUUAUUUUUGUAGAGCACCACUUCAUGACCUGGGAGCCUUUAUCAGUUUUGUUUACUGGCAAAAAUCUGGAAUGAAAUACAUAUGUUGUGCAUGAUAAUUUUAUCUUUAAUAUUUGCCAGAAAUGAUAACAAUGAUUCAAAAGCUUCUCUGUAAUCGAUUAGACUGCAUUUCAUUUCCAAAACAACACGGUUCUUAGUUGUUAGGAGGUUUUGGUAUGUAUGUAUUUGGUUGGUAUGUUAAGGAGGAGGCAGAUACCAAUUCAUAUUUUAGAAAUGUCUUUUUGAAGGAGAAUUACAAUUGUAAUUAUGAAGUCUUAUAUUCAAUAAAUUAAAGUUUUGUGUUGUCAAGUUACUUCAAAUUACUGAUGACUUCAUCAUUUAACACAAUAAUGGAAAGGAGAGUUAAAUGGUAAUUAUCUUUCAGAAGGACAUUACAUGUAUUCGAAUUUCUUGUUCCUUUUUAAAUGAGAAUGAGCAAGUUUUUCCCUGUUAUAUUUUUUCAAUUCUUCAUUUAAAAAUGAGUAAUUAAUAUUGCAUUUGAUUCUAUAUUGUAAAGCAAUUUGUUUCUACGAAUUUAAUAUUCCAGCAUUUGGCACUUUACUAGUAUGGCAGGAUAUCGAGUUCGUAAUUUUUUUUGCCACUUGCAUUUAAUUUUCUGAGUCGCUGCUUAUCGUAGGUAAUACCAAGAGUGGAUUGGAAAUUUAUCUGAAUUUUUUUUUUGUUUUUUAAAUGCACAUGACUGUCAUUUAAUAAGACUAUUCCACAAAUAAAAUUACCUCAAAAAAGGUUUUACAAUGCGCCAAAUAUUAAUGAUAUUAUGUUUGCACUACUAGUACACAUGAUAGCUGAUUGAUGUAUUGCACCUUGAGAUUGGCCAGCAAGGAAGAGGUGGUAAGAAAGUGAUAAUGUUUUGGGAAUACACAGUCUUCAUUGGUGAGCAUUCUAGAUACAAUUCUAUUGGUGUUUCAUAUGUGGAAUAGUCUCAUUAAUUUACUGUACAAUAAGAAUAAACUCCAUUAUGUUAUUCAGUCUUUUUACUUGAAUAUUUUUGAUGCAGAAGGCUUUAUGAAAAUCACGUGGAAACUACUAAAGUAAUUGGAUUCAUUUCAACAAAUGGCUUUACAAUGAGAUAUCAAAUAAGGUUUUACGUCAUUGAAAAAUUUUGUUCUCUUAUUAUUUGUAACAGGUCAUGAACACUCUUGGACAAGUACAAGCUGCUUUUGGUGACUUAGUAAUGGGAUAAUAAUGCUGCAAUCCCAUUUCUGUACUUUUUUGUUGGUGAGCUUAUGCAGUUUUAUUGCCAAUUGCAGUUGGGAAGUCAUAAGUAUGCAAUCCAAAGCAGCUUAUACAAAUUAAAUGAAUUUGUUUGUAAUGAUGCCUACUGACCCAUAGUAAUGUUCUUAAUUAUAUUAUGUACAUUAUAUUGUUAAUUUUAAUAUUGUUUUGAUUAAUCCUUAAUAAUUUCACACUUACUAGUGGACAGUGAAAUAAUAUACACGUUCCUUAAAGUUUAUUUAGAAGCACUUGUACAACUUUCAAGCUGUUUUUUAAAUUAAUGCUGAGCAUUUCAAAUUUUUGUUCAGGUUUGAUAUUUGUUUAUUCAUGAAUAUGCUCAACUUGAAGUCAGAAUUAUGAAGACUAUGCUGAUUUCAGUUACAGCAGGCUCUUUUAUUACUUUAUUUGUUUAUACUGUACAAACACGAAAUAAAAUCAAUAAACCGUGACACGAGCACUUGAAUUAA